AUGACCAGAGACUGCGGACAUAGUACAGGAGAUGACCAGAGACUGCAGACACAGUACAGGAGAUGACCAGAGACUGCGGACAGUACAGGAGAUGACCAGAGACUGCGGACACAGUACAGGAGAUGACCAGAGACUGCGGACACAGUACAGGAGAUGACCAGAGACUGCGGACACAGUACAGGAGAUGACCAGAGACUGCGGACACAGUACAGGAGAUGACCAGAGACUGCGGACACAGUACAGGAGAUGACCAGAGACUGCGGACAGUACAGGAGAUGACCAGAGACUGCGGACACAGUACAGGAGAUGACCAGAGACUGCGGACAGAACAGGAGUUGACCAGAGACUGCGGACACAGUACA